AGAAACCAUACAGAUCUCAGGCCUCGACCCUGGGACCAACUGUACCUUCUGUGUUUCUGUCGUGGCAGCAAAUGGCAUUGAAGGACAAACCGUCUGCACUUCUCAGUACACGAAGCCCGAGACAGUAAAGCCCACUAUCUCAGGUCAUUCGAAUAGUUCCAUCACAGUGACAUGGACGAAACCUAAAGGAAAUGUGGCGCGUUACAGUUUGCAGCUAAUACGUAAUACAACUAUUCAAUCCCUGGACUCUUUGAAUACAUCGUACCAGUUUGAAAACUUGUCAGCUGGACGGGCGUACAGCGUCAUGUUAACCACAAUAAGUGGACCCUUCAAUGCAUCAUCUGAACUUGUUACUAACGCCACUCUCCCUAACCCUCCUGGGAGGAUUGAUAUCCUGAGUAAAACAACCAGUUCCAUUGAAACUCGAUGGGUAGAGGCGCCUCUGAUGACUGGUGCUAAUUUCUACUACCUGCUGACUUACACGUCAUCGCAGCAAUCCAACAAUAUAAAUACCACAAACACCAGUUGGAACUUCUCUUCCCUGUCUUCUGGGACUUCCUACAACAUUUCUGUGACAACUGUGGGGGAAUUGGGAUUCCAGAGUGAGACGGUUCAUGUCGACAUGGUCAUGACAAGACCACUGGCAGUGCAGGAGCUCAUGGCCAUUCCAGGAGAGACAUACAUCACAGUCAAUUGGAAAAAUCCACCUCACUACAAGGAAUGCUAUAAAUACUUUUUGUCCUGGAAUCAAACUAAAUCCCAAAUGCAGAACUUCACAGUUACACAAACUGUGUAUAAUAUCACUGAUCUGGAUCCUGGUCAGUGCUAUGGUAUCGAAGUCACCGCAGAGACCUGUGAUAAAACACAGGGUGCACCAGUAAUGAUCACCGGAUGCACAAAUGCAAGCCCAGUGACAAUUUUAGGCUGUCAAGGUCCAAACACCAAAAAUGCACAAAUUAUUUUGUCGUGCUCCACACCCCGUGGCCAAUACACUGGCUUCCAAAUGACUGUAAAUGGAAACCGCAUCACUAACAACUCUUGCAACUAUACAAUUUCUGGCCUUAACCACUAUACUAAUUAUAAUGUGACUGUAAUAACUCUAAGCUAUGGAAAUCCCAGCAUUCCUGUGUAUUACAAGUGCUUGACAGGCAUAACAGAUCCGCCCAUGCCAGUAAAUUCUGGCAGCUUAGUGCAAUCGAUUGGUGUCACACACAAUAGUUUCAUACUACAGAUUGAUUCCAGGAUGUUUAACGACUCUAAUGGACCAAUCAGAAAUGUUGGUGUGCUGGUGUCAAAGAAUGAUGCCCCCUCUAGUUGGACCCAAUGGUUAAAUAAUACUUACAAUAAUUGGAAAAAUGGCGCUCCAGCAUACUUGGCUACAGUUGUAGGCAGAAAUAUACCACAGUUACGUAGUGAAGGUGCCCUGUCUAUAGGAAUAGGAAAUGGAUCCCAAUGGAAUGGCUACAGUAAUGGUCCUCUGGAUGCCAAUGAAAAAUACAGCUAUGCCAUUGUAUUAUUCACCAACCUGACCCUGCAGCAAUCAAACCUUGUGGAGAUUCACGGUUCAUUACUUUUAGUAAUAGAAAGCUCUUCUUACACAGUUAAACUCCCUCAGGAUCCAGCUAUCACUAGUAUUGCUGUUGGUGUAUCGGUAGCCGUUUUUCUCAUUCUCUUCAGUGUCCUCAUCGGCUUUAUUAUCUACUGGAAAAGGCUAGCCAAAAAAAAAUCACCAGACAUCCAGAUUCAAUCUUUGAGAGCCAAAGUAAGUGUGGCCGUGAGUGUGGAGGACUUUGAGGCUUAUUACAAGAAGCAGAGAGCAGACUCCAACUGUGGCUUUGCAGAAGAAUUUGAGGACCUGAAGGUUGUUGGCACAGCUCAGUCAAAGUUACAUGCACUGAAUGUGGAGAACAAGCCUAAGAAUCGCUACAACAAUGUGCUUCCAUAUGACUCCUCUAGGGUGAAACUUUCCAUUCUCCAUGGAAGUCCGUCUGAUGAUUACAUCAAUGCUAACUACAUGCCGGGUUACAACUCGAGGAAGGAGUUUAUUGCAGCUCAAGGUCCUUUACCCACCACGGUCAACGAUUUCUGGAGGAUGAUCUGGGAGAAGAAUGUGCAGACUCUGGUCAUGCUGACACGCUGUAAUGAACAGGGACGAGUAAAAUGUGAGCAGUAUUGGAGUUCUGGUACCAAGCGGUGUGACAACAUCAUUGUAAAAGCAACCUCUGAAAUAACACUUGAGGACUGGACCCUCAGGGACUUUGACAUUAAAAAUGUGAAAACAGCAGAAACCCGAGCAGUUCGUCAGUUCCACUUCACAGCUUGGCCAGAUCACGGGGUACCAGAAACCACAGAGCUCCUCAUCAGCUUCAGACAUUUAGUCAGAGAGCACAUGAACCAGUACUCAAGACACUCGCCCACAGUGGUCCACUGCAGUGCUGGUGUGGGGCGCACAGGUACCUUUAUAGCCAUAGACAGACUGAUUUUCCAGAUUGAAAGAGAAAACACAGUGGAUGUGUUCGGCAUUGUUCAUGAUCUGCGCAUGCACCGACCACUUAUGGUGCAGACAGAGGACCAGUAUGUGUUCUUAAACCAGUGUGCUUUGGACAUCAUCCGGUCGAGAACGGGGACCAAUGUGGAUCUAAUCUACCAAAACACCGCGGCAAUCUAUGAAAACAUAAGCCCAAAAAAGGGGGCUCCCAAAAACGGAUACCACAACGCAUAGGCCCAGAAGUCCAUCAGUUCUUCCAUCUCUCUUCACUUUUAGAAAGAAACUGAGCAAAUAUCUGUGAAGGAGAGGCUGUGAGCACAUUUUCCUGGAUUUAUUUUUAUACCUUUUAGGCUUUUGAUGACAGUCAUCUAGCUUCCUGGAUUCAAACUCAGAUUAUUUGAUAUUUAUUUGUUAAGAUUUAUGAAUGUUGACAGUGGACGAAACUGUACGUAGAGCUGCAAUAAUGGAUUAUGUGUCUUGGACACUUUGCUAUAAUUGUAUAUUUUUGUAUUGCUCAGAUGUUUUAUAAAUGCUUCUUAAUACUGUAUAUGACUCACUGAUGAUUAGAUCUUUUUGCUCAGGUAGUGUGAUGGAUGCUGUACAGGUAUUUUUGAUCAGGAAAAACUUAUAAUAACCUUUGCCUUGUAUAAAACAAAUGCUGUUAUGAAGACUGUGUGCCUUUUAAAGAGUUUUUUCCACCAGUUCACCAAUAGGUGGCACUCUUGUGUCUUCAAAUGGAAAAGACAGACAUCUGAAAUUCAGCUGUCUGUUUGUGCAUAUUUUAAGCCAAUAUGAACUCUGCAAUGUGUUUAAAUGAAGGAGCCUUUUGCACAUGUAUGCACUGUAUUGUGAAUAAUGCACUGGAUGCAUUUGUCUUCUACACUGUCUACUAUGGAGAUGUUUUUAUCUGUAGCAUUAAUAUUUUGGCCAGUGCUUUGUAGACUGUUAGGAUUAUUUCUUUAUACAUACAAUACUUUUAUUACAAUUUUACUUUUGCAAUUUUACUUGCCUCAAUAAAAAGCUCAGGAACUCAAUUAAACUAAA